CCAGAGCACAGAUCACACACCAACACUUUCAACAUAGUUUCCUGUGUGGGAGCUGCAAGGUCAAACAUCUUGUGGGAGGAAAUGUGAUCCGUGAGGGUGGGGCUGCUCGUGGAUCAACGAUCACUCUCUCAUCGUAUGAGUGCCUGUCAUGUUUCUCAUGCUCACCUCAUCCAGCCGAGUGUGGAUCAUCAGGGCUGCCGUUGCAGCUUUCGAACACCUCAGCAGAGACCGCCCCCCUGGCCCCCUGCUCUGCUGAGGCUCCGCCGGCUCUCUGGUCGGCCCAAACCCGUACAGGGGGCUUCCAUAUUUGCCAAGCAUGCCAGUAUUAAAAUCUGAAACGACAACUGACAGGGGACCGCGUAUGCCAGAGGACGACUUGUAAACUAUUCAAAGUUACGUGAGCCGGUAGAUGCAACAUGAUAUUAAAACCACUUGUCAAGAGGAAUUAAAGCUGCCUUCUGUUGGGACGCUUCCUCCAUGGGAAUCCGAGCAAUGGAAACCAUCUCCCUGCACUGACACGCUGCUGCUGCUGCUGCUGCUCCACCAGGCAGGGCUGAAACAUGCCAGUUUCUUUUUUUUCCCUCCAACACAAAUGACUGAUGAGAAACUAGGCUGCUCUGUUCAUCUUUCCUUUCAAUCACUCACAGAAGGAGCUUGGUGACAAGAGGUAAUUUCUCAUUUUUGUUUCCUCAUCGUCACUCAUCGUUUACACUCGGAAUAAGUGAAUCCAACUCUGUCGAGCUUCACAUUUUGCUCAGAAACAAAAGUAGCUAAACAUCGGUGGGAUCUUUAGCGGCUCACUAUGAAAUGGGAGAAGCUGAAGCCUCCAGAGCCGGAUGAUCCCAUGUGUUGCUGUGAAUGUGACAUCUACCAGUACAGGUGUUGCUGUGACUGUGAAGAUCUGGACGAAGCGUUCAAUAGGUGGCUGAAGGAGAAACCACCCUCAUGUGGGCUCCAGUCUCCUGUGCUUAGGACCAUGAUCAACCACCUGGAGAUCUCCAUGAUCCCGGCUCUGCUGCUGCUGCCUCUCCUGCUGAAAGCUGCAGCGCUGCACUACCUGCUCGGCAUCACCAUCCUCACUGCUCUGCCAGGCCUGGUGCUGUCUUACUACUACGCCACCCAUCGAAGGAAGAGGCGCACCCUCUUCUUCCUCACCCUUGCCCUCUACUCCCUGGCCUACAUGUAUUAUCUCUUCAUUGUGGAGAUUUUACCCCGCGGGGACGUCAGCCCACUGCAGACGUGUGCUGUGACCACUGGGAUGAUUCUCACUAUAGUUUCACUCAUUUACACCAAGAGAGGUCCAGGAUUUGUCCCUGCCUCUUGCCAUGAAGCAAACCGUCAGAGGAUGGACGCAGAAGAUGACUCUACUCAUUCUGAUGGAUUUAUCCAGGCAACAGCCGCAGAACAGACAGGAAAACAUCCCCCAACAACAAAAUGGAGCCUGUGUCCUGUGUGCAAAAUAAUGCGGCCCCCGCGUGCCGGACACUGCAGAACAUGUGGAUCAUGUGUUCAGCGUCUGGACCAUCACUGCAUCUGGAUAAACAGCUGCGUGGGACAAGCAAACCACCGCAGCUUCCUGCAGACCCUCUGUGUGUUUGUUCUGACCUCCGUCUACGGGAUCGGUUUGGUGCUCCGCAGCCUCUGUCCUCGUCAGUAUCUGAUGACGGCCCUUUUCUACUGCCCCGGCGUCUACAGCCAGCCAAGCACAGCCCUUUGCUUCACCUGCUGCUGGUACAGCAGCAUAAUCACAGUCGGACUGCUCUACCUACUGGUGGCACAGGUUCUGAACAUCAGCUUCAACGUGACGGGGCGUGAGGCUCAGCUGGCUCUGAGGAACAAGAAGGGCCAGAGCCGCCUGUGGGGACUUGUCAUCGACACCGGAGAGUAUUCACGUGGCUUCUAUCAGAACUGGGCUGAGUUUCUCACAAUGGCAGACUCCUCUGUGACUCUUCCCUCCAGCCCCACCGACUUGGUCUAGUUUCUUCUACAAUCUUAUUAAAACUUGAUCACCGCUUCAGACUCUCAGUAAAGAGCUUAUGAUUCAGCAUAUGAUUCUGACAGUAGUUUUAAUUUACACAGGACUACAGGAGAAUAUAAACAUUCUUGUGUUUAUAAAAUAGAGCGCACACACACGUGCAUGUUUUGGAGUUUAAAUUUGCUGAACAAUUGUUCUGCUCAUGGCUUGUAAAAGGGAAAGGAUUUAUUAUGUACCUCUGCAUUAAAACUAAAUAAACGCAUGUUUCAGAAGCAAAGAUAUGUAAAUUCAAUAAAAGUUUAUUGACUGUUUAUUUGAUAAUAGCUGUGUAGCAUUUACCUUUAGGAUGGUUAAAUACAUUUUAGUUUCACAUUGUGUUCGAGUAUUUAGCAUUUAACACAACGCAGUUCUGAUACACAGUGCAUAUUAGCGUUAGCUGUUCUCAAAACUGGAGAGUAAACAUAGAAUCGAUUAAUAUUUUCUUUUAUUUAUAUAGCAUUCUGUAAAGUUCUGUCAUGUUUUUAAUGAAAUUCAAUUUUAUAUUACCUUUUAAUCUUCAUUCCCCCACAGAUUCA